AGCUCUGAAGGUACUCAUCAGUAACUCAUUCGCAUUCUAUAAGUAAACUAGGGAAGUAUUUAAUCAUCUGUAAAAAAUGGCACAGGCCAUGUUGAAGCCUUCUCUACAAGGAGAGAUUGAGGCAGACGUUGAGAUCAAAGCUCCGGCCACGAAGUUCUAUCACAUGUUCGCAGCGAGACCACAAGACUUGUCUAAAGCCAGCCUUGAAAACCUCCAGGGAUGUCGUGUGCUAGAGGGAGAGAUGGGAAAAGUUGGCACUCUCGUCACCUGGAACUAUGUCCAGGAUGGCAAGCCAAUGGUGGCUAAUGAGAGGAUCGAGGCAGUGGAACCGAAGAAAAACAUGAUAAAGUUCAGAGUUCUAGAGGGAGAUCUGAUGAAAGAGUUCAAGAGCUUCCUAUGCACGAUCCAGGUGACUCCGAAGCAAGGAGGACCUGGAGGUGUGGUGAACUGGCGCAUGGAAUACGAGAGGAUUGAUGAAAACGUGGCUCCCCCGGAGACUCUGCUCCAAGUGUGUAUCAAAACGUCCAAAGAAAUCGACGAAAUGCUUAUGUCUAAGGCAUAGAUACUCGUUGAAUAUCUAUCUAUAUUUGUAUCUAUCUUUAUGUAUUUGGGUGUUUUAUAUCAAAAAUGUACUCUCUCUAGAUCUAAAGGGAUGUGAUAUGAAAGUGUUACGAGAUAUAUCUUUAUGACUUUGGGUGUUUGUAUACAUCAAACAUGUCUUGAUACUAA